CCCCUCGCCAUGAAGCGGCAGAACCUGCGCACGGCCGCGCUCAUCCUCUGCAUCUUCUCCUACCUGCUGGUGGGCGCCGCCGUCUUCGAUGCGCUGGAGUCGGAGGCGGAGAGCGGCCGCAAGCGGCUGCUGGAGCAGAAGCGCGGGGAGCUGCGGAGGAAGUACCGCUUCUCUGCCGACGACUACCGGGAGCUGGAGCGGCUGGUGCUGCAGGCCGAGCCCCACCGCGCCGGCCGGCAGUGGAAGUUCGCCGGCUCUUUCUACUUCGCCAUCACGGUCAUCACCACCAUCGGCUAUGGACACGCUGCCCCAGGCACAGAUGCUGGCAAAGUUUUCUGCAUGUUCUAUGCCAUCCUGGGCAUCCCUCUGACACUGGUCAUGUUCCAGAGCCUGGGGGAGCGCAUGAACACCGUUGUGCGGCUGCUGCUGAAGAAGAUCAAGAAGUGUCUGGGCAUGAGGACAACGAAUGUCUCCAUGGAGAAUAUGGUCCUAGUUGGCUUCCUGUCCUGCAUGGGCACCCUGUGCAUUGGCGCAGCGGCCUUCUCUUAUUUUGAGGGCUGGACUUUCUUUCAUGCCUAUUACUACUGCUUCAUAACCUUGACCACUAUCGGCUUUGGAGACUUUGUGGCUCUGCAAAAGAACGAAGCUUUGCAAAAGAAGCCCCCGUACGUGGCUUUCAGUUUCAUGUACAUCCUGGUGGGCCUGACAGUCAUCGGCGCCUUCCUCAACCUGGUGGUGCUGCGGUUCCUGACCAUGAACUCCGAGGAUGAGCGGCGGGAUGCUGAGGAGAGAGCCUCGCUGAGGAGAGCCCACAACAACAUCCACCUCAAGGAGAAGGAGGACAGCCGGAGCAGCAAUGCCAUUUUUCUCCCUGCGGAGGACAGGACGAGCCAGAUGAACCUCAUCCCGCUGAUUCGGGAGGACGCGGAGAGGCAGCGGCGCCACUUGGCCAACUCAGCAGCCACGGUCCCCUCCUUCUGCACCUGCCUGUGCUACAGACCUCAGCUCUGUGGCAGCCCCGUGCCCUCCCACCCCGAGGCCCUGGGCUGCCACACCAACCCUGUCUAUUACAACUCCAUUUCCUACAAAAUCGAUGAGGUCUCCCUGAGCACGCGGGGUCAGACCGGCUCUUCCCCGGGCAGCACUUCAUCAUCCAACAGCCCUGGCUGCCGGCAGCACCCCCGGCUGCGGAGGAAAUCCAUCUAGGAGCACGUGCUGAGCUGUACUGGGUGCUUGGCUCUUGCUCUGAUGAUAAAUUAAGAAGUGAGAUGUCAUGCCCUUCUUAACGCUCUCCUUUUCUUCUCUUCCCCUCUCCUUUCAGCUGGCAGCCA